AGAGGGGCGGGGCGAGCGCGGCGACGCCGCGGGGCAGGCGGGAAGCAGGAAGGGCGGGGCGGAGGGGAGCUCGGCGUUGAGGAGCCGGCGACUGCGGCAGCUGCCCCGCCAUGUCCGCGCGCAACCGGGGCACGGAGCUGGACCUUAGCUGGAUCUCCAAAAUACAAGUGAAUCAACCAGCAGUUCUGAGGCGUGCAGAACAAAUCCAGGCUCGCAGAACCGUGAAAAAGGAGUGGCAAGCUGCUUGGCUCCUGAAAGCCGUUACCUUUAUAGAUCUUACUACACUUUCAGGCGAUGACACAUCUUCCAACAUUCAAAGGCUCUGUUAUAAAGCCAAGUAUCCAAUCCGGGAAGAUCUCUUAAAAAGUUUAAAUAUGCAUGAUAAAGGCCUUACGACCGCUGCUGUUUGUGUCUACCCCGCGCGGGUGUGUGAUGCGGUUAAAGCGCUGAAGGCCUCGGGCUGUACCAUCCCAGUGGCUUCCGUGGCCACUGGCUUUCCAGCUGGACAGACUCAUUUAAAAACACGAUUGGAAGAGAUCAGAUUGGCUGUGGAAGAUGGAGCUACAGAAAUCGAUGUGGUGAUUAACAGGACAUUGGUGCUGACUGGCCAGUGGGAAGCCCUGUAUGAGGAGAUUCGUCAGUUUCGCAAGGCCUGUGGGGAGGCUCAUCUCAAAACCAUCUUAGCAACAGGAGAACUUGGAUCUCUUACUAAUGUCUAUAAAGCCAGUAUGAUAGCAAUGAUGGCAGGAUCAGAUUUUAUUAAGACCUCUACUGGAAAAGAAACAGUAAAUGCCACUUUCCCGGUAGCUAUAGUAAUGCUACGGGCCAUUAGAGAUUUCUUCUGGAAAACUGGAAACAAGGUAGGCUUUAAACCAGCAGGAGGCAUCCGCAAUGCCAAGGAUUCCCUUGUUUGGCUCUCUCUCGUGAAGGAAGAGCUGGGAGAUGAAUGGCUGACACCAGAACUGUUUCGAAUAGGUGCCAGUACUCUGCUUUCGGACAUCGAGAGGCAGAUUUACCAUCACGUUACUGGAAGAUAUGCGGCCUAUCAUGAUCUUCCGAUGUCUUAAAUCAGCGACCAGUUCCAGAAAAGUGCUUUACAGCAACAUACAAGGGCCUGAGUCACAGAGAGCUGAAGCAACUUGUCAGAGAUCACAGAGCUCACAACCGGCAGAGUCAAGAAUCAAGCCCAGGCCCAGUCUGGCUCCCGAAUACGUGCAGUCACCCGGGGGGGUGCACCACUGUCCCUCAGCACACACAGGCUCAUCAUCAGAGCUUACUGUCCGCUCUGGGGAACGGUCAUCUGCUUUGUGGGCUACUCAUUCCUUGGCUCCCUGUCCCUCCCAGUGUUCCCCGUCUGCCAGUUUGGCUUGCUAGCAACUCUCCCACAUGAUAGAACCUACGUUUUCUUUUCUUUCUUUCUUUCUUUUUUUUUUUUUUUAAAGAUUUCAUUUAUUUAUUCAUGAGAGACAGAGAGAGAGAGAGGCAGAGGGAGAAGCAGGUUCCCCGCAGAGCCAGGGAGCCCGAUGCGGGACUCGAUCCCAGGACCCUGGAAUCAUGACCCGAGCCGAAGGCAGACGCCCAAUCAACUGACCCACCCAGGUGCCCCUAGAACAUACGUUUUCUUAAAUGGGGAUUUUCAUGGAGUGAGUCUCCAGCUACUCCUAAGUGGGAAAUCCCAGACUGGGCAUCUGUAUUGGUUACACCUUCUGAUUGUGGGAUGAUAGCCAGCUUCUUCCUUGUUCUAGCCCUAUGACCUUGGUUCAGUCCGUUCACAUCUCUGGACCUCAGCUUCUUCAUCUGUAGAAGAGAGGGGUUGGGCAGGUGCUAUCAAGGUCCUUUCAGACCUAAAAUUACAUUACCCUAAGGAUAAUUAUAACAAAUUCUAGAAUAUAUUUUAUGGCUAUAAAGAGAAAACACUUUUGUAGCAAUCUGAAUUAGAAUUUGCCUGUUGGGAAUCAAUUAGGUCCCUAAAGCACCUCUCCAACUGUAAAUGAAAUGACUAAAAUAAGAAGGGAGAAGAAAUCCUGCUUUCCCCAUUCCCUUAGCAGAAAGCUGACUCUUGACUUACACCUUUGGAUACGGUCAGUAGCUCCGAAUGUCAUAUCUACUCUCAUAACAUGGCAGCCCAGGUGCCCACGGCACAAUGGCCAGUCACCCUUGGAGAAGAAACUUUGCAGAAAAAUAAUUACAUUCUAUCACCUUUGAAGCUAUUCCAAUUUCACAGGGGUUUCUGUUUUCCUCCCAUUAAACCCAGCUGGUCAUUUUAGUUGAUCAAGUGAACAGGCAUCAUUAUCUUCAAUUCUAAUUUAUAUGAGGCAUCCACUGAAAUUGACCCCUGCGGACAAUUAUAGGUUCACAUAGGAAAUUAAGACUGUGAGUCCGUCCAACCUAUUAGAGACUGACGAACAUGGCCUGAUCUGAAGGUACGUAAUCUUAUAUUUUGGGGGACAAUUUAUUCCAAGAACUAUCAGGCUCUUCAUCAUCAAUGUCUGCCCCUUACCUGGCUCUCGAAAUCAAAUGUAACACAGAUGACUUUAAUAGGAAGACCCUAGUAAAUGUUGAUUGCUAGGAAAACAUAAGAGGAAGAGAUCAUUUUCAAGGUGACUGUGAUUUACUACAAGCAGAACUGUGUACUUCAGAACAUAGGCAGCAGAUGCUUUAUACGAUCAGAAAAUGAGGGCCGUGUCUCCUAAGUUAAUAAAGCAACCCCCACCCCAAUUGUCCCAGUUGCUCAAUAAAGCAUAUUAGUCCUUAAAGUUACUUUUUAAACAACAAAUCAUAUAAUUUGGGGGCUUAAAGAGACUUUAGAGAAUAUAUAUUUCUAACUAACAUUCUUUAUGUAAGAAAAGAAACCGAAUGUAGGGAGGUCACUUACGUAAGACCAUGUAGAAAGUCAGAGCUGAGACCAGAACUUGGGUCCAUAGUUUGGCCAUGAAAUAUUGUACAAAACAGCCAGGGCUUUGGAAUUGAAAGUUUCUUGUUUAUACACCCUCCUGCACCUAACAUUAUGUUUCUCAGCGUGUGAAAUUCAGACUUUGAAAUGACUCACUUUUGCCUCAUAAGAGUCUUCUGGGGGCGCCUGGGUGGCUCAGUCAGUUAAGCUUCUGACUUGAUUUUGGCUCAGGUCAUGGUCUCAGGAUUGUGGAAUCUAGCCCCACAUUGGGCUCUGUGCUCAGCCAGAGUCUGCUUGUCCUCUCUGCUCCGCCCCCCAACUCAUGCUUUCUCUCUCAAAUAAACAAAAUCUAAAAAAAAAAAAGUCCUCUAAAUGGUGUUUUAGAGACCAACCAUCUAAAUCUAGCCCAGGUGACGAUGUGGUUAAUUCCAUCCAUUAGACUUUUCCGAAUUUGGGGUGACCUUGAAAACUGAAAUUAAAAAAAAAAAAAGUUGCAUGUUGCUUUAUUGUGUUUGUUAUUUUUUUAAGGACAAAACUGAGAAGGGGGUUGUUUGGAUUCUGGUUUGUCUACAAAUGGAGAAAAAAUGACUAGUGCAAUCACAAAACAAUUUCAUAAUUACAGUAUCUUUGCCUCAUUCUAGAUUAUUUCAGCGCUAACAGGAAAUUUAGGCAAAUUAGUUUCCAUGAAAAAUAGCUUCUAAGGAGACCUGUAUAAAAGCAGGAACUGUUAGAAAUCCUAUCUGGAAGUCUCAUCCUCUGUGCACGGAGUCUCUGUCUUGAUGGAGCAGAACAGUUUGCUAGGCCGUGUGUAGAUGUCUUACACAAACCACAUCUAGAGAAACCAAAUCAGUUUUUUGGUUUUUUUUAAAAACAACUUACACUGCUAGUACCAAUAUUAAUUUUUCUUCUACCAACCUGAUAAUUUUUUGAUGCAACAUAAAUAGAGCCAGAAUGGAGAUAGAAGAAA